AUGCGCAACUUGAGAAACGUCCGUCUCGCCGAGACACAAAUUGAGGGCGAGUUGCCUCUCACUGCUACGGCAUGGGAUACUGCUUCAGACUCGGUGGUGUGCACCUUUGGUCCCGCCGAGAACAACGCAGUCAUUGAGGUUAGACGGAAGCGCCCCGAGAUCACUUCAACAGAUCCCCUCUCUCCCGAUGCAUUCGAAUGCAUUGCUUCCUGGGACGCUCCGUGUCCUUUACCGGACCUGCCAUGUGACCGUGUUCUCUCUCUGCAUUACUUUGCGGAUAACCUGACAACUUGUCUGGUGCUGGAAGGGGGCGAUAUUGUCGUUGUCCGUGAAGAACCCCUUCCUGGAGAAGACAAAAUUGAAAUCGUCGGCUCGGUUGAUGUGGGAAUCACAGCCGCGGCAUGGUCACCGGACGAGGAACUGCUAGCCCUCACCACUCGAGCCCAGACAUUCUUGUAUAUGACCAGAGAUUUCGAGAAUGUGGCCGAUAUCACUUUUGCCCACAGUGACCUGCAAUCAUCACAACAUGUGUCAGUCGGAUGGGGUAAGAAGGAGACACAGUUCCAAGGAAAGAGGGCCAAAGCUCUCCGAGAUCCGACUGUCCCAGAGAAGAUCGACCAAGGAAUCUUGAGCAGUUACGAUGAUGGCAGCACUACUAUCAGCUGGCGAGGAGACGGGGCGUAUGUUGCCGUGAACACUAUCGAGGCAGAAACUCGCCGUGUGAUCAGGGUCUACUCGAGAGAAGGCACCUUGGACAGUGUGAGCGAAGCCGUGGAUGGAUUGGAAGGUGCUUUGAGUUGGCGGCCGUCUGGCAGUCUGAUUGCCGGAAUCCAACGACGCGACAAUCGCAUUGAUGUCGUAUUCUUCGAAAGAAACGGACUUCGCCACGGCGAGUUCUCUCUUCGUCUAUCCGAGGAUGAGAUGAAAUCAUGGGGCUCUCGCAUCCAUCUUGCUUGGAAUGUGGAUUCUACUGUACUUGCUGUUAAGUUCCAGGACCGCGUGCAGUUCUGGACAACCGGCAAUUAUCACUGGUAUCUGAAGCAAGAGCUCCCGAUCACAGUUGAUCCCAAUUCUUCGCUUCCGUACUCUCUUGAAUGGCACCAAGAGAAGGCACUGCGUCUGGUUACUGGGUCUUCAGGCUCGAUACUUGACGCUGAUUAUGUUUUUGAUGUCAACCAUGGUUCUACCUCCAUUCCGGACGACGUUGGUGCUGUUGCUGUUAUCGACGGAGAAACUCUCAAAUUGACUCCGCUGCGACUUGCUGGCGUGCCGCCCCCAAUGGCACACAACGAGUUGGCUCUAGAGUCAAACGCUAUUGAUGUCGCAUUUAGCAAAUCGGGAACCCGCAUUGCUGUGUUGAUGAACAACAGGUUCUCCAUUUACCUCUGGUCUCUCAAGAGUCGACCAGUUCCUCUUCCCAUUCUUGAGUCGAGCUAUCCCUUAUCAGACUCCCCAGCCAAUCGGCCCCGGCAGAUUGCCUUUUUGAAUGAAAAUGAGGUAUAUGUGCUCAAGGAUAGCGGACCGAAUUCAAGUCACAUUGAACGGACGAUCCUGGACACCCGAGCCACUGAAACUGUAUACCAGGCUGCAGACUCAGAGCAGCUGGCAUCGAUGUUCGCCGGAAUCGGUCACCAAGCCCUGUGGCUUUCACACGCCCGUCAACCAGCUCGUCCUGUCAGCUACUCUAGCAUCGAAGUGUCACCAUCAGGAAGUCUCGAUACUGUUCCGUGGACGGAGAGUCCUAAUGUGGACAGCCAUUGGGCUCGUGUUGUCUCCAUCUCCGAGGAUGAGCGUGUCUUGAUUGCAUUGACGAGAACCGGUACGCUUUAUGCUAACAAGCGAGUCCUUGCGAGGAACUGUACCUCAUUCCUCGUGACCCCUUCUCAUCUCUUGUUCACAACAUCGCAACAUCUUUUGAAGUUUGUUCAUUUGAACCACGUGGAUGAGAUGGAAGUUCCCGAGGAUACACCAGAAACCGAUGAACGGUGCAGAAGCAUUGAACGUGGUUCCCGGUUGGUUUCGGUCAUACCGUCGGUCUUUGCAGUUGUCCUCCAGGCUCCCAGAGGAAAUAUUGAGACCAUCUACCCUCGCGCUCUAGUAUUGGCUGGAAUCCGCACCUUUAUCGACCAGAAGAAAUACCGAUCUGCAUUCCUGGCAUGCCGCAGUCAGAUGGUCGAUCUGAACAUUCUCCAUGAUUAUGCCCCCGAACAAUUCAUGGAAAACAUCGCGCUGUUCGUCGAUCAAGUCAAGAAGAUUGAAUACAUCGAUGACUUCAUUUCUCGCUUGUCGGAGGAUGAUGUGUCACAGACACUGUAUAAAGACACCCUGAAAAUAUCGAAGGACGUAUCGGCAGCUAUCGCCCAGCCGGAAGCUUCAGCAACCCCUUCGAUGCCUCAACUGGGCAAAAAGGAGAGCAAAAUCAACAAGAUUUGCGAUGCCUUCCUGGCCACCCUUCAGAACCGUGUCGAUACAAACUUGCAAAAUCUGAUCACGGCGCACGUUUGCAAGUCACCACCCGAUAUGGAAGCAGGCCUCGGACUUGCUGCAGGACUCAGAAAACAAAAUCCCGAACAGGCUGAAGAUGCCAUCUCUCACAUGUGUUUCUUAACUGAUGCCCACCGGCUCUACUCUCACGCAUUGGGUAUAUAUGAUCUUGAGCUUACAUUGUUGGUUGCUCAGCAAGCUCAGAUGGAUCCUCGCGAGUAUCUACCAUUCCUUCGUAAACUCCAACAGCUCUCAGAGAUUCGCCGUCAAUUCGAGAUCGACAAUCACCUUUCUCGCUUCGAAAAAGCGCUCAAGCAUUUAUAUGCCCUCAACGCUCACGAUGAGAUCCGCGCGUAUGUCGGUAGACAUAUUUUGUACAAGGAAGCACUUGAGCUUUACAAGUACCAGCCUGAGCAACAGCGUGAAAUCACCGAGCUAUAUGCCGACUAUCUCCAGGAUCAAUCGAAAUAUAAAGAUGCAGCAAUUGCCUAUGAGUCUCUCGAGCUUUAUGAGAAUGCUUACAAGUGCUACAAUUUGGCACACAAGUGGCGCGAGUCGUUGUACUGUGCUAUGAUGGCAUCUCUUUCCGAGGAAGAUAUGGCCGUCCACAUCGAUGGUCUGAUCACAACCCUGAUUGACGAAAACAAAGACUACGUCUCGGCAGCAACGAUCUACGUCGACCACUUGCACGAUGUCAUCACAGGCGCUCGUCUUCUCUGCCGAGGAUCGAAGUUCGCCGAUGCAGCCCGCCUCCUUACACUCCAUGGAAAGAAGGAUCAGGUUGCCGAAAUUGUUGACUCUGGUCUCGCUGAAGCAAUGGGCAAUAUGACCGAUCUGCUCGCCGACUGCAGAUCUCAGCUCAAUGCCCAGGUCCCACGAGUCCGCGAACUUCGUCAGCUUCGCACUGCUGACCCGCUUGCUUUCUACGGUGGUGAUCCCACCGCUGGUGAUGCGGGUGUCGAUAUCCCCGACAACGUCUCGCUGGCUCCUACAGAUGCAUCGACGCUUGCUGGUCGCUCCAUGUUUACUCGUUACACGGGUAACACCGGCAAGACCGGCAAGACAGGAAUGUCACGUCAUACUUCGAAGACUCGCCGACGCGAGGAACGCAAGCGUGCUCGUGGUAAGAAGGGCACCGUUUACGAAGAGGAAUAUCUCGUCAACAGUAUCCGACGACUUAUUGAACGAGUUAACUCGAGUGUGGCGGAGACUGAGACCCUUGUCGACGCCCUCCUGCGUCGUGGCAUGCGUGAGCGUGCAGCUGCCAUCGAGAAGGCUUUGCAAGAAGUCUUGACUAUGUGCGCGGAUUCCCGCGACGAGAUCUUUGAGAUUCCUGCCAGUCCAGAGAAAGCGAACGAGGACGAGGAUGGUGAAGAGAAUGCUGUUGAGCCUACCAUCCUGCCUAACUCUGGAGGUCGGGGUGCCGGCGUUUUAAGGGAAAGUAUAGCCAUCGUUGAAGGUGGUGGUACUGCUCGCGUUAAGGAGAUCCCUAUCGUGAAGGAGAUGAAGAAGUCUUCCUUGUUGGUUUGA